CACAAACGUACAAUAGGCCAGAGGUCAACAAAAAGAUAACAGAACUUUGAAGGAUUGAAGGAAAGUUGAAAUCCGACAGAGUUUGCAAAGUUAGAUCUGGAGUCUAUCUAGAUCUAUAAAAUCUAGAGCUACAUAGGCCUAGAUCUAGAUCUAAAAGCUAGUUUUAGAAUCUAGAUUUAAUAUAGAUCUAGAUCUAGUCGAUAUUUUGCGAGAGAAUCGGAUUAUUCAAUUUCGCCAAACUGCCCAAAUCAAAUCAAAAUCAUUCAAAAUGAUUUCAAGAUGCUUUUUCAGAUAUCUUAAACAAACUUCACUUGCAGACUACGUUGCAUUUCGUAGUUUUUCUAGAAGUCAGCAAACUCCAGCUGCUGUGACCAGUAGCUUCAUAGAUUCCCUAAGAACUGCUGUUGGUGAUAAUAAUGUCUCUACCAGCGAUGCCAUCAGGGAACAGCAUGGACAUGAUGAAUCACAUCAUGAAGUGUACAAACCAGAUGUUGUAGUAUUUGCCGAGUCAGUAGAACAGGUCAGUAAAGUGGCAAAGCUGUGCAAUGAGAAGAAGGUUCCGUUGAUUCCCUUCGGAAGUGGCACUGGAUUGGAAGGAGGAGUUAAUGCCUUGUCGGGGGGUGUAACUCUAGAUGUGACCAAGAUGAAUCAAAUUGUUGAAGUCAAUGCUGAAGACUUUGAUUGUACGGUACAACCAGGCGUUAUGAGAAUUGCUCUCAAUUCAUAUUUACGAGACACUGGACUGUGGUUUCCUAUCGAUCCUGGCGCUGAUGCCUCAAUCUGUGGAAUGUGUGCUACCAGUGCUUCAGGCACUAAUGCAGUCAGAUAUGGUACCAUGCGUGAGAAUGUUUUAAAUCUCCAAGUCGUUCUCCCUGAUGGGAGAGUCAUACAUACGGCUGGCAAAGGCAAGAGAUGCAGGAAAACUUCUGCAGGUUAUAAUCUAACCAAUUUAUUUGUAGGCUCAGAAGGCACUCUGGGUAUCAUCACACAGGCUACCAUUAAACUCUAUGGACUUCCAGAGAAAACAAUAGCAGCCGUCUGUCAUUUUAAAACAGUACAGGAAGCAGUGGAUACAGUGGUGCAAAUUAUGCAAUCUGGUAUAACAAUGGCUAAACUGGAAUUCCUGGAUGAUAAGGCCAUUGAAGCUUUCAAUAAAUUCAGUAAAUACAACAUGCCUGUGGCACAGUCUCUAUUCUUGGAGUUUCAUGGACCUGCUCUGGGGCUUGAGGAUCAGUUCAAUACUGUUAAGGAUCUGAUUGAACUGAAUGGAGGCUUAGGUCUACAAAUGGCUACUGAUGAAGAUGAAAGAAAAAGAUUAUGGAAAGCAAGGCAUGAAAUGCUAUGGGCCUGCACCGCACUCAUUCCUGGGUCAAAACCUUACUCCACUGAUAUAUGUGUUCCUAUAUCCCACCUACCGGAAGUUAUUAUCAAAACUAAGCAGUGGAUUGAUGAAGCCAAAGUAUUAGCUCCUGUCCUUGGUCAUGUUGGAGAUGGCAAUUUUCAUGUAAUAUUACCAAUGACCUUGGAUACUGGCCAGAAUGAAAUAAUGAAGGCCUUAGCCUUGCAGAUAGCCCUCCUGGCAAUGGAUCUCAAUGGAACAUGUACAGGAGAACAUGGUAUUGGAAUGGGAAAAUGUCAUUUACUGGAGAAAGAGAUUGGCCCUGUGGGCAUUCAAGUGUUAAAGGAUGUCAAGAAAUGUUUUGAUCCUAAUGGAAUCAUGAACCCUGGGAAGAUUAUCUCUUAAUGUAAUGCCUGGUCUGAAGUGGCAUUUGGUUUUUGUCUAGCAGCUUUCAAAACUCUAUUAAAAUGAGGUUCUGUUUUGCCUCUCAACAUUGUAAUGCUUAAGGAUUCUUAAGAAUCCCACAGAAUGUCUUUUGAUGUCAAAUUUUAUUAAAGUGUCUCUUUUUGACAGGGUAUAAUUGGGACAAUUGGUUCUUUAAUUCUAAGCCAGCAAUUGCAAGUUUGUUUCAACAAAAUAUUAAUUUUGAUGAUUUUUACUCAAUUUUGUAUCAAGAAUUAUUUUUUUUGUGCCAUUUGUAUAUUUUGUGUGGAAUUACUUUUAAGUAUAAACAGCUUGUUAGUACAUUAACACUUGACUCUGUUAGGAAAACUGUUUUCCAAUAUUUACAGUAGAAAGACAAGCUAUUUAGGCAUGUAUUUUAUAUUAAUGGUCUAUGCAUAAUAUUAUUUUUUACAUAUCUUUACUAUAUUCGGGUGUUUUUUUUUAUGAUGGCAGUUAUACUAUGCAUAUUUUGUUUUUACAGUUUGAUAUUUAUAACUUGAUAUUUUUAAUAAUUAAUUCAAAUCAGGAAUAUGAAAAUUAGCAGCUCAAUGUUAUCAUUUUUUUGUUACUUCUGUUGUAAUGCUCAGAGCUUUAAACAUCGAACUUGUUUGACCUUGUUUAUGAUUUUAUUUUGAAAUGUCGCCUCGUUCUAAUCAAGAAGAGAAAGUAGGAAAAUAGCAGAGACUUUGUUUUAAACUUCAACAUCAUCUAAAUGCUGUCAAAUAGUCUAUUCUCAGCCAAGAGAGAUCUGAUUGGGUAAAGAAUGGCAAGAGAUUCUAAUAUGUUUACUUGUUUUACAAGGAUGUGAGAGAGUUCAAGUAUGUUAUAGGAGUCCAUGUUAAUGUACUGAGGUCAAAUGUGAGAGUUCAAGUAUGUUAUAGGAGUCCAUGUUAAUGCACUGAGGUCAAAUGUGAGAGUUCAAGUAUGUUAUAGGAGUCCAUGUUAAUGUAACUGAGGUCAAAUGUGAGAGUUCAAGUAUGCUAUAGGAGUCCAUGUUAAUGCACUGAGGUCAAAUGUGAGAGUUCAAGUAUGUUAUAGGAGUCCAUGUUAAUGCACUGAGGUCAAAUGUGAGAGUUCAAGUAUGUUAUAGGAGUCCAUGUUAAUGCACUGAGGUCAAAUGUGAGAGUUCAAGUAUGUUAUAGGAGUCCAUGUUAAUGAACUGAGGUCAAAUGUGAGAGUUCAAGUAUGUUAUAGGAGUCCAUGUUAAUGUAACUGAGGUCAAAUGUGAGAGUUAUAGGAGUCCAUGUUAAUGUAACUGAGGUCAAAUGUGAGAGUUAUAGGAGUCCAUGUUAAUGUAACUGAGGUCAAAUGUGAGAGUUAUAGGAGUCCAUGUUAAUGUAACUGAGGUCAAAUGUGAGAGUUAUAGGAGUCCAUGUUAAUGUAACUGAGGUCAAAUGUGAGAGUUAUAGGAGUCCAUGUUAAUGUAACUGAGGUCAAAUGUGAGAGUUAUAGGAGUCCAUGUUAAUGUAACUGAGGUCAAAUGUGAGAGUUAUAGGAGUCCAUGUUAAUGUAACUGAGGUCAAAUGUGAGAGUUAUAGGAGUCCAUGUUAAUGUAACUGAGGUCAGAUGUAGUAUAUAACAAAUCCUAUUCAUCUUUAUUGACGUGGAAAAAACACAAAGCUGUCUGUUGAAAGUGACAGCUGUUCCGAGUAGUUCUAAGUAUUGUAUUGUGAAUGUUAUUGAACUCUACCUUGCCAUGUUUAUCGUCAAGUAAUGCUGUGCGAGAAUCUUCCAGAAUCUAUGCAGAACUCCAUUAUCUUACAUCAGCUUUGUGGAAUCAUAACUCACCAUUUUUUUGGUUAGUUAUAGAGUAACUUUUUUUUUUCGUUGACAUGUGCUAACAAUCUUUGCCUAAAAGAAAGUCAGCUUAGCUCAGCCUCUGGGACAGUAUACAAAAAAGUUUGCCUGCUUGUAUUCCUGCACAUAAUUAAAUAAUUUCAGGCUCAGGGUGUUGGUAUCUAUUAAUCUUGUGACGUAACAAAUAUGAUUGUGGAAAAUUAAUAAUAAUAAAUUGAGAUCAGGUACUAAUAAAUGGUUGUGAAGGCAAAUAUAUUCUGUCUUUUCAAAGUCUAAUAAAUGAAUUGUAUUUUUACACAUUUAGUAUGUACCUAUGUUUAUGUACAUUACAAGUAUCCAUAUAUGUUAUCACAUAUACUCUGAUUUUCCUUUAAUUAUACCAAAUAAAAAGUUGAAUUACUUUGCACACAUUUUUGGGGUGAAAAAGUAAGUUGGAUUAUAAUAUAGCACUGAUAUCAUGUGUUUAUAUUUAUUACUAUUUAUAUUACUAUUUAUGUAAUAUUCUUUAUGGCUAAAAUUGUUAUGUGAUAUUGUUUUUAUCGAGCUUGAAAAAAAAGUAACAUAUAAAAUUUGUUUGAAUGUGAUGCUCAAAUUAUUCAAAUUACCUCCCAUGCUGUAUCACUUUGUGUGCAGGUUUGAGAUUAUAUAACCAGUUUUUAUUUCCAUUUGGUUUCAUAAUAAAUAGUAUUUGAAAUA